UGGCUAUUUUGAGCACCGCCCCCUGUCAGGGCGGGAGAUUUGGUGUGCCCAUCGUAGGUUUCCCUCUAGCAGAGGAUCGGUGGGCUCGUUCCCUGCGGCUCGCGCGGUUGCGUGCGGCCUCGGGCUGUCCGGCUGCGGCCGCGGCAGGGCCGCCUUCCUCAGAGCCGCAUCCAGCAGGCAGCGUGCGUCUGUCGUGAGACGGCCGAGGCCGCGCCCCUCAGAGACUUAGCGGCUACCCGCCUGCGCGUGAGUUACAGGUAACUCUAAAUUUUCCAGCUGCAGAAUGUGUAGUACCUUAAAAGGUUGGCCAUGACGAGCAGACUGGACCUGAAGGAAGACAAGAUGAAGGAGGUUCAGUUCGUGGGAGAUGAUGAUGUUCUUAAUCAUAUUCUUGAUAGAGAAGCAGGCACUAAAUUAAAGAAGGAGCGAACUCAGCUUUUGGUCAAUCCACAAAAAAUAAUAAAGAAGCAGGAAUAUGAUGUGGAGGAAGGUGACCAGGAAGUGCUAAAGGAUCAGAACUACCUAAAAGUUUUGGGACAAAAUGUUCAAGAAUCUUUGAAAAAUGGCUCUACUACAGAUGAUGUGAAUAAAGUUUAUUCUUUUCAGAAUAGAAAGCACCCUGAAAAGAUGGCUAAAUUAGCUUCUGAACUAGCAAAAACACCAAGAAAAAGUGUCUCAUCCAGUUUGAAAAAUGAUCCUGAAAUCAUAAGCAUUCCUCAGAGUAGCAAAGGGCAUCCUGCUUCAGACAAAGUACAGCCAAAGGUAAUUCCCAGGUCUCAUUCUGACAGUGAUAGUGAAUAUUCGGCUUCCAACUCCGAGGAUGAAGGAGGUAUGCAGGAAUCUGAGGAGGACACGAGUGCAUCUGUGCUCAGCCCGAAGGUUCCUGCUCAGAGUAGAGCUUCAGCGCCUGUCUGCAAAGGAACACCUUCUAAGAAGAUGAAGCGAGCUAAGCGUAGCAACUUAGUGGAAGAAUAUUUUGAGGCUCACAGCAGUUCCCAGGUCCUGACCUCAGACAGAACCCUGCAGAAGCUGAAGAGAGCUGCCUUGGACCAGCAAACUCUACGUAACUUAUUGAGCAAGGUUUCUCCUUCCUUUUCCCCUGAACUUACACAAUUAAAUCAACAACAUGAAAAAUUAUUUCAUAAAUGGAUGCUGCAGUUACACCUUGGCUUCAACAUUGUGCUUUAUGGUUUGGGCUCUAAGAGAGAUUUACUAGAAAGAUUCCGAACCACGAUGCUUCAGGACUCCAUUCAUGUUGUCAUCAAUGGCUUCUUCCCUGGGAUCAGUGUAAAGUCAAUCCUGAACUCUGUAACAGAAGACAUCCUUGGUCAUACGGGCACUUUCCGAAGCGUUCUGGAUCAGCUAGACUGGAUCGUAAACAGAUUUAAAGAAGAUUCUUCUUUAGAACUCUUCCUUGUUAUCCACAACUUGGACAGCCAAAUGUUGAGAGGAGACAAGAGCCAGCAGAUCAUUGGACAGCUGUCGUCUUUGCGUAAUGUGUUCCUAAUCGCCUCUGUUGAUCACCUCAAUGCUCCUCUUAUGUGGGAUCACGCGAAACAGAGCCUUUACAACUGGCUGUGGUACGAGACGACCACAUACAGGCCCUACACCGAGGAGACAUCCUACGAGAACUCACUGCUGGUCACGCAGUCCGGCUCGCUCCCACUGAGCGCCCUGAUGCACGUCUUGCGCAGCCUCACCCCCAACGCAAGGGGCAUUUUCAGGCUGCUCAUGAGGCAUCAGCUGGAUAAGCAGGAGGACCCUUCCUACGCUGGGCUGUCCUUCCAGGACUUCUACCAGCAGUGUCGGGAGGCCUUCCUUGUCAACAGUGACCUGACGCUCCGGGCCCAGCUGACUGAGUUCAGGGACCACAGGCUCAUAAGGACGAAGAAGGGAACGGAUGGCGUGGAGUAUUUACUAAUUCCUGUUGACAGCGGGACGCUGACCGAUUUCUUGGAGGAAGAGGAGGCUUGAAGCUGCUGCUUAGAGGUGAAUAGUGUUAGUAAGGUGGGCUGGUGUCUGGCAGACGUGAAACGCACACAGGAUCUUUCCACCUCAGAGAGCGCCAGGUCCAGCCUCCCACAGCCUGCGUGCGCACCUGAGGGGUGGAGCCAAGCGUGGCCCCCGCAGGGAACCUCCUCCUACACCCCAACUUCCUGCUUGGAAAGGAAAUGCUUUGUUGUGUGACUAAUGAAGUCUGUGCACCAUCCGCUUCCUCACUCAUUUCUUACCUUGUAACUUUCGUAUUUCCAAAAAUGCCUGGCUUAAUUUUUUGGAAUCAAUCACAUAAUUGAUUCCAUAAUAAAUCCAUUAAGGUUAUAGUCUCAAAUGUAACUACCGAAAAUAUGAUUUGUACAUGAAUGGAGUUUUUAGUUUUUGGCCAGUCCAGAGUAUAUUUAAUGAGAAUGAAUCUGCUGCCCAUUCCCUGGCCCCGGGGUUUAGCUGGCCAGACAGCAUCUUCCCUGUUCUUCCUUCUGUGGCUUCCAGGCCUGUGGUGGUGAACCUGUGGUAUACAGGAGCUUGUUACGCUACAGGUUCACCCUCACGGGACUCCACGCCAAGACGUCUCCUCUACGUUUACAGACAGUGGUGAUGUGCUUGCUGGUUUGCACUUUGCUUUCGUCUUGUAACUGUUAUACUAUAAAAAUAUAUAAAACUUUUAAUGACCUAACAUGCAAACUUUCGCAUUUGGUCUUAAAUAUCUGGUUUAUUUUUAUAAUUUUUGUGUCUGUACACUAUUUGAGAGCAGUUAACUCUAUGUAACAGUGCUAUUAAUAAAAGCCAAUUUCAAUAGAAUCAUUCCGUGCUGGUUUAUUACUAGAAGUACUGUGGGCCCCUUACUGUGCUGGCGCCAUGGCUACCCAAGGUUGAGUCCCUGCACUUGGGCUUCCAAAGCUACAUUUCUGCUGUCACCUUUCUGAGGAUACCGCCCAACUCUCCUGAGCCCCCCUCACGCACAGCUGACGUGGCUGGCCCAGGAUGCCACAGGGCUCAGGCCUUUGGGCUGCUCCUCAGUGACCCCCUAUGAAUAAUCCCUGCUAGGGUCCCUUGACAUUUGGGACAAUGUUUUAAAAGAUUUGUUUUUAUCAUCAAAAUAAGUUGCAAAGAGAAACAAAGUGUGGUUUUAAAAUCUCCCCUCAUACCACCCAAAGGGGGGAAAAAAAAAAUCACAGUAAAAGUGGAUGGUUAGCCAGGUGUGGUUAUGUACACCUGUAAUCCCAGCACUCAGGAGGCUGAGGCAGGAGGGACCAGCCUGGGCUGCA